AUUGUGGUCCAUCUCACGGAGGACCUGCUAUCUCGAGCCUCAAUGACAGUGGUGAAUGGCCGCCCCACUCUCACUAUCAAUAUCUCCACUGCACGAGAGCACUGGCUGGAAGGGAUGCUGAGACAUGAAAUUGGAACUCAUUAUUUUCGGGGUUUUAACAACAACAGCCAGCCUUGGUGUAACUGGAAUGGACGUAGAAAACACGGGUUAAAACCAAUCAACCCUACGGAAGAGGGGCUGGCAAGCAUUCACAGCGUCCUGUUCCGCAAAGACCCUUUUCUUUGGAGAGCUGCCCUGCUCUACUACACAGUGUAUCAGGCUAGCCAAAUGUCCUUCAGCCAGCUUUUCCAGGACGUGGGGAAAUUUGUUAAGGACCCCAAUACUAGGUGGGAUUACUGUGUACGAGCCAAGAGAGGGUGGACUGACACAUCACAACCAGGCUGUUUCAAUAAGGAUCAGGUGUAUUUGGAUGGUAUCCUCCGAAUCCUGAGAUACAGGGAGUCCAUCGAUUUCCAUCUUCUGACAGCCCUUGGAAAGAUCUCCUAUGAGGAUGUGGACCGCCUGAAAGGAUUAGCUGUGAUUGAGAACAUGAGAGUACCUCACUUUUUGCAAGACCACGCCCGGUAUAUGGAGCACUUGGAAAAGAUCAUGGAAGUCAAUGAGCUGACUGAUGAGGAGCUCCAGGAUCUCAUAAAUUAACAGUGCCAGCCCACCAUUUACUUACUCUGUGCAACCAAGGAUGUAGAACAGCACUUCCCAGAGCUUGCAAAAAUGGAUUUACAAGGGGUGGGGCGGGGCCGGGGGAAGGGUGGUCAGAAUAUGU